AUGUUUGACGUCAUGAAUCGCACAGACCACCUAGCACCGGCCAGCUCUGACGUCACUUCCGAGUUCGUCCCCCAAGAGAUCCUCAUCACCAACGCCAACCGCCGUCUGCUGGAGAUCAUCAUCGACCUGACCUUGAACUUCAUCCUGUCACUUCUCGGCGUCUUCACCAACGUCCUGGUCAUCAUGGUCUACGCCAGACAAGGGUUCAAGGACAGCGUGGGCAUCUCCAUGACAACCAUCUCCAUCUGGGAUUUAAUUAAAAGUUUGGGCGGGGUCAUGCAGCGCAUGGCUGGACCCAUCAGCCUCUGGUCUGAAUCGAGCGCGGUCACGUGGACAAACAUCUGUCUGGUCGUGUUCAACUACCUGGUCUCCUUCUCCACCUACGUCACCAGCGUCUUAGCCGGGUACGUGGCGAUAGAACGCUGCCUAUGCGUCGUCUUCCCUUUAACCAUCAAACACCUCCUCACCAGAAGAGUCUGUAUCUGCGUCUGCAUUCUCGUCUCGCUUGUCGUCUUCGGGUGGUUUGCGGUUAUUUUCGGCAUCUACGAUGUCUUCUGGGUAUGGGACCCGACGCUGAACGCCUCCAUCGCCGUCUACCAAUACAGCCAGUUCUCUAAGCAAAACACGGCUCUGCUCUUCGGGUUCUACAACUUGUCCGGCGCUCUCUGGCCAAUGGUCAGCCUUGUGGUCAUCGUAAUAUCCGCCUUCGUCAUGUCCGUGAAACUCCGCCAAUCUAGAGAAUUCAGAAACGGGACGAAAAAACCGGAAGCGGACAACCAACUUUCAAAUAAAUCAAAUCCAACGAAUAAACCAAUCACAUCGCGAGAUCGGAAAGUCAUGAAGAUGUUGCUUAUCAUUAUUGCGCUCUACGUCAUCAAUCUAAGCCCCCGCGUCAUUCACUACAUGGCCAAGUACAUGAUAGAAGAGUACUACUUUUUGAGGACGUACCACAACCUCGUUCACGUCGUGAGCUACGUCAUCCUUUUCUUUGACUUCAUGAACGGGUCGGUUAAUCUCUUCGUGUUUCUGACGAUGAGCACGUCGUUUAAGACGACGUUCUACCAGAUGGUGCCUUGUUGUGGCACCGUUGUCAUAUAA